GAGUUAAAAUAAUAAAAGAACAAAAGACUUGUGCGUAUCGUCGUUGGGCACACACCAUGGAGCCCGACGUCCGUUCACUCCUUAACUCUGCCUCCUCCUCCGCUUCUUCCUCCGACGCCGACGACGAUGCUCCCCACCGCACCAUCGAUGAAAUUCUCAAUGACUGUGACACUUCUUCUUCCUCAAGCUCUCCCCCUUCCUCUCCCUCUCACUCUCUCUCUCCACUCACCAAUUCCCAUCCUCAAAACCCCACUCUUCAACCAAAACCACUCCAACCCGCACUCGAUUCAAUUUCUCGGCUCAAACCAGCCGAAUUCUCCGACCGCACACGCGUUUCGCGUCCGUUCUCUUCUCUACUACAGGGCGUGCGGUCCAAUGCGAAGCCGGGCGCCGCCCUCGCGGCUGCUGCUGCGGCGUCUCGAUCCGUUCCUACGCCGCACGCGGCGGCGAUCAUUUCCAGGAGGAAAUCUGCGGCUGCGAUCAGCACUGAGUUGAGUUCGACCGCUGCCGCUAGCGACGAUUAUUCCGAUGUUUCUUCUAAAGGCGAAUUGGGCGAGCUUAGUGAGAAAUACGAUCCUGUGCCGCAGAGAAUCGAGACUCAGUCUAGUGAAAGUGCUUCUGUUAACGGCGAGCUUGUUGAGAGUGAUGCAGAUAUUGCCAUUGAUUUGAAGGCUGGUAGUGCCGCUGACAAUCAGGUGCAUAUUGAUACUGAUAAUGACAGUAGGGAUGGCGAUGAUGAUGGAAAUGGCAAUUAUAAUGAUUCUUCUAUAGUGAGUGAGGAGAAUAGGAAUUUAGAUGAGGUUGACGGUUACCAUGGGAAGGAUAUGAAUUCUUCAACGUUUGAUGAAGAUAAUAAUGAUCGUGACUUGGAUGGGAAUGAUGGUUCUGAAAAGAGAAUCACAGCUAUGGAUUCAGCUGUGGAAACAGAAGAAACGGUGGAUAAUGGUGAAAGCUCUGUGGAUCAUGUUAAAAAUGAGCUGAGUGGUGGCGGUAGUGACGAUGGUAGUUCAUUGGGUGAUGUUUCAGAGCUAGUGGAAGAGAGGCUUGAUGAAUUGGAAAGCAGAAGGGCUUCUAAGAGAGCAGAGAAGAAACGAGAAUUUUCAAUGAAACCACUUGAAUUGGCUGAAAAAUUGGAGAAAAAGCGAGCUUCAACUGGUUUGCAUUUGGAAGAGGGUGCUGCUGCCCAGCCAAUGAGACUCGAGGGCGUUCGAAGAGGGUCCACGACGUUGGGAUACUUUGAUGUUGAUGCUGAUAAUGCAGUCACCAGGGCGAUUUCGUCCCAAACAUUCAGGCGUGAGCAAGGUUCUGCCCGAGCCGUGGCAGUUCAUGCUAAUUAUAUUGCAGUAGGAAUGUCAAAAGGGCUCAUUGUUGUCUUUCCCAGUAAAUAUUCCAUUCAUCAUGCUGAUAGUUCUGAUGGAAAGAUGUUGAUGCUUGCUAUGCAAGGUGAUCGGUUGCGUGCUCCAGUGACAUCUAUGUCUUUCAAUCAACAAGGAGACCUUCUUUUAGCUGGUUAUGGUGAUGGUCAUCUUAUCCUGUGGGAUGUACAGAAAGGGGUUGUAGCAAAAGUUAUUAGUGGUGAGCAUACAGCACCAGUAGUACAUACCUUAUUUCUAGGUCAAGAUCCUCAGAAUACUCGUCAAUUUAAAGCAGUUACUGGUGAUUGUAAGGGUCUGGUUCUCUUGCACAUUAUCUCGGUUGUUCCUUUGUUUAGUAGAUUCUCCAUCAAAACUCAGGUAUAUAACAUUUUUCAUUAAUGUGCAAUGGGC